AUGACUGAAGAGCAAUACCACAUUUUGCUGCAGCACUUGAGGGGCCUCGCGGGCCACUCAGGGCCUGCGCUAUUUCAAAUAGAGCAGCAGCAGCAGCAGCAGCAGCAGCAGCAGCAGCAGCAGCUGGAGCCGCAGCAGCGGAAGCAGGUCGAGGCUCUCUUGCAGGAGCAGCCAAUUAGCCUCCUCACGAAUGAGCAGCUAAAAGAAGCAGCACAGCUUUAUCUGCAGCAGCGAAUGGGGAUACAGCAGCAGCCUAUGCAGCAGCAGCAGCAGCAGCAGCAGCAGCAGCCUGUGUUCCAGCAGCAGCCUGCGCAGCAGCAGCAGCCUUCUUACCUUUCGUCGGCAGCAGCAGGACAACUGGCCAGCACGUUAGCGCAGACCCAGCAGCAGCAGCAGCAGCAACUGCAACAACAGCAGCUGCAGCAGCAGCAGCUGCAGCAACAGAGACUGCAGCAGCAGCAGCUGCAGCAGCACCAGCUGCAGCAGCAGCAGCUGCUGCAGCAACAACAAUUAAUUCAGCAGCAGCAGCUCCUGCAGCAGCAGCAGCAGCAGCAACUACAGCUUCAGCUGCAGCAGCAGCAGAACUCUCUGUCAUGGCAGCCGCAGCAGCAGCAGCAGCAGCUGGACCUGCAGCAGCAGCAGCAGCAGCAGCAGCAGCAGCAGCAGCCGAACCUGCAGCAGCAGACUAGUUCUGCGUCCGUGGGAGAAGCCAAAAAGCAGUGGGCCCCACGGCGCAGCGAGAGUUUGCUGCAGGCGCUGCAAGGAAGCCCUUCUGCUGCUGCAGCAGCAGCAGCAGCAGCAGCAGCAGCAAAGUUUGACCCCAUAGCUGAGCAGCACGGGGAGCUGCUGCCGAGGAGAAGCAGCAGCACGAAAGAAGAAAAAAGGAAGCAAAAAGAAAAAGAAACUUUUUCAAGAAGAAGUUCUCUGGCCAGAACCAACUCCAGCAUUUACCCUGCUGCUGCUGCUCCUGCUGCUGCUGCUGCUGCUGCUCCUGCUGCAGCAGCAGCGCAAAGCAGGAGAAGCACUUGGAGACAAAUCGGGUUUUCCAGACGCAAAAAAGGAGACGCAAAAUAA